AUGGACGAAGAUAGCACGAUGAGUAUUGUAUCCCUUUUGAUACUCGGAUCAAGCAUUCUUGUCCAAGCAGGACUCGCCACUUGGUCGUUCAUCAUGACCAAAAUACCGACCUGGAGUUCCAGCCCACUCGAUGCGACUUUUACCUGCCUCGAAGCAUCAACCACACACCCUUUGUAUAGGAACCAAAAGCGGUGCAUGAAAUCCGUCCAUGAUCGUCACACGAUUUCGGACCCUUGCAUCCCAAAGAAAAAACAAGGAUCUAUGUUGACUGUCCAUAGUGACGUGAAAUGGGUAUUGGGAUUGAUGUGGGCAAUUGUACCACUCGGAUUAUGUUGGUUCGGGGUCGUGCUUCAUUUAGGUUACCCCAACACUUUAGCACAAUGCUCCUGGAAUCUACUGCCUUCUGUAGAAAAUUUUCUCUGCGUAAAAUAUGCUAUGUGGACCAAUGACGGCACUAGUUACCAAGUGCACCUUGCGACCAUCCUAAUGGUAUCAGCUUUCCAAGCCCCACUUACUAUCGGGCUUCACUGUGCAGAACUCCUUUGUAAUCUAUCUCGCGAUGAGAGAAUUUUCCGCCAGGCAACAUUUUCAAGAGGCACUAACCCACGCUACAACAGCAUAUCAGCGGCAUUGAAGAGUUGGGAGACGAUAUUAUUGUCCCUGUUCAAGGCCUUCAUUCAUUGGAUGUUCGGUUUGAGCGUCAACAGUUACAUGUCACCUGGACUAAUCAUGUUUACCAUACAAAUAUUCUAUUGCAACCAUCUGUGCCUUGCUACUUGCGCUUUUUGCAACCUACAUCAGUCUUCGACGACCAUGUGGCCCACUACCAGCAACAUACGGACACCUUCAGACAAUAGCUGA